AUGUUCAAAGGCUAUUGGGGGGAUCCUGAGCAUCAUCUUGACAAGAGCUCCCGAAAAGUACUAAAUGCAUUCGUCCGCACUCUUGAUGAAUCUAUCUUUGUUAAUUUGUUCGACUCGCAUCGAGAUAUUCUCCUCGUGUCCACGCAAGACAUUCGUCAAGUAUACUUUACCAUUUGA